AUGGUUGCAGAAAAAGGGGACAAUCCAUCCACGCCUGUGUUUACCACCGCAAUGGAGGAGUCCGAGACGUUCAAUUCGUCCUUCGCGUCGAAGCAGCCAUUUCCACCACUGCUUUCCGAAGAUGCGCUCCCAGACGAACACGAGAGCUAUGAGGGCGACAGUGUCACCUCCCCCGGCUACGAGAUCGAAGUGGAGGACGACGCAGACUUCCAGUCGCAUUACUCGCUAGAACACCAGUCCUUUUCGGAUUCAGAUUCAGAUGACUCCUCGGAUGAGAUUGGUCGCAAUCACCCGUUUCGCCAAUCCUCCAGCUCUCUCCAUGGCCCAAAUGCCUUCGCGCCUCCGUUCUACAAUCGCCCACCGACGCCUUUACCACCCUCCCCCUCCCUCACUUCUCUCCUCAGACCACCUUUCUCGACGACCACGUCCCGCCCAACUACGCCGGACAGCUCUGAUGUAGAGACGCCAAAUGAUACCGAGGCGGCAGUCGCCAAAUCUGCUCGUCGCGCAACCACCGUUCCGCGCGCCAGCCCGAAGGUGCCAACAUAUGAAUACUAUGGAUUUGUCUUGUACCUUGCUUCAUCAUUGGCAUUCCUCUUCUACCUUCUUUGGUCCUAUCUUCCGUCUCCCUUCCUGCAUCAGCUCGGCAUCUACUACUACCCAAACCGGUGGUGGUCGCUGGCUAUACCCGCGUGGCUUGUCAUGCUUCUAAUCUACAUAUACGUUGCACUCGCGACUUACAACACGGGCUACCUCACAUUGCCCAUGAACAGCAUCGAGAACAUUGUUGACGAGGUCGCAAAUGUAUCUGUGAUUGAUGGAAAAGCCCGGCGGCGACCGGGUGGCGCGACCAAGAUGAAACCCGGCGCAACUUCCUAUCAGAUCAUGGGCCCCUUGAAUCGGAAGGUCAAUUGGCGGGAAAUUUGGAGUGAAGGAACCGACGCAGUCAUGGACGUGCCGGUUGGGGGCGUCUGUGAGGUCCUGUAUGGUCAAGGCAGGGACGAAGACUUCGAUGAUGUCUCUACUAGUACAGACCUAUAG